AUGAGCACAAACACUGCCCGCAAGGCCGGCGAACAGCCAAAGCGUCGUGCCUGCGACGAAUGCCGAGGCCGAAAGCUCGCCUGUUCCAAAGAAAUCGAUGGAUGCGCUCGAUGCAAGCGCGAAGGCAUCAAAUGCGUCUACUCGCCUCAGAAGCCCAUGGGAAGGCCGAGAAAACGAGCACAUGUUAAGAUUGACGCCACUGAAAACACUGAAACCAAUGCUCAGAAAGACAAGCCAAAUGUCGUUACCGCAGAGACUGCACCAGCCCUCCCAGCCCUCCCGGCGAACAUCACCCCUAUUCCACCUUUCAACCCCGACGACUUUGCCCUUCCAGAGUUCGACCCAACCCUCGCCAUGGAUCUCGACUUCUCCUUCCUCGACAUGAGCAACACCGACCUCAACUUCAUAGACAUCAUCGACCCCUCCACUCAAUUCCCACCCAACCAGUACCUCCCCACCGACCCCCUCCCACAACACCUCAACCCAUUACCCCCCAUCGAGCCCAUCAACAAAACCCCCGUAUCCGAGCCCCCAGGACAGUUCUUCGCCUUCGGCACCGACCUCGGACAGAUCGACUUCAAUUCGUCCGUCUGCCAACAACCCCCCACCAGCCAAGCACCCGAGAUCUCCCAAGAAGACGUCGCCGAAAUCUUCUCCAUCCCCAACAACAUCCCCACCAUCCCCGACGAUUGUUCCGUCCCCAGUCUUUCCCCGGGAGGUAGCUCUUCCUCAUCCUCCUCCUCCCCCAGCGCCGACCCUCAUUCCAACGACCCCCCAACAUGCAGCUGCCUAGCCUCGCUGUACCUAGCAAUGGAAUCAGUAAAAGUCCUCCCCAAAUCCAUCUCCCGUGCCAUGCGCAUCACCCGAGCGGCCUCCCGAACAGCCCACGACUCCAUCCUCUGCAAAGUCUGCAGCGACGUCCCCUUGUUCAACCCGGAUAACCCGGGCACUUUGGCCAAGCCGCCGAUGGUGUCGCUUCAGUCGCUCAUGAUGCUCGGGGCUCUGCUUCCAUCCCUCUCGAACGCGUACAUGAGGAUAUUGACAAUGGUUGAUCAGGAGGCUGCUGCUGCUGACAGGGAAAGGCGGAAGAUUGUGUUUACGCUUUCCGAGUAUGGGGGUUUGUGGGGGACGUUGGCCGAGCAGGAGCCUUACCAGUGCGGGGCGGCGGAGAAGCUGGAGGGGAGGGUGAUGGAGGCGGGGUUGUGGAGGUUGACGGUUAGGGCACUGCUCAAGAUUGAUGUUUAUGGGGUGCAUGAUGUGCAGUGUAGGGAUGUGAGGAUGUUGGGGUUUAAGGAUAUUAUUGGGAAUAUGGAGGAGAAGUCUAGGAAGGAGCGUUACGUUGAAGAAGAAGUUGGCCGCAGCACAGCUGUUCCAAAACUAAAAAUUCUUGGGGCUUUAGAGGGGAAAAGUUGCUAA